ACUGUUUCUAUCGUUAACAUUGAGCUUCGCCUGGACUCCACCCCUCGACAUCUUUGACCAUUCCACAACCGAAACCUGAAAAGGGACCACCACUGACCAUGGCCGGCGGAGAAUCCAUUUGGCUCUAUUCACCGAGCUUCCCGCUCUCGAUCGUGGUCGCUAUCCUCUACCUCGUCCCAACCCUCGUCCUCGCAUGGCAGAUCAUCGUCAAAUACCGAUCUUGGUUCUUCCUCUGCGUGCUGAUCGGCUCAGCGGUGGAGGUAGUAGGCUACGCUGUGCGUGCGGUAUCGACGAAGAAGCAAUCCGAUAUCCCAUCCUACGCGGUAUCCAGCACCUUGAUCAUCAUCGCUCCCGUGUUCGUCGCCGCCGGUAAUUACCUCCUAAUCGGCCGCCUGAUUCGCGCAGUCCUGCCUCCGACAAGGCAUCGAAUUUUCUUCAUUCCGGCUCGGUUCAUCACAAAAGCAUUUGUGCUGUUCGACAUCUUGACAUUCCUGAUCCAGGCCUCAGGUAGCGCCAUCGCUUCGUCGGGCAACUGGGAGGGAGAUCAAGCGGCGACCGGAACAAAUGUGCUCAUAGGAGGAUUGAGCUUGCAGGUUGCAACCUUCGCUUGGUUUCUCUCCAUAGUGACGAGGUUCUGGUGGUUUACCAGGAGGGAGGUCAAGGAUGGUGCACCGGUCGGCUGGGCCAGGGUACUGCAGGCGAUUUGGGUGUCGUCGUUGCUUAUACUGGUGCGCUCCAUCUACCGAGUCAUCGAAUUCGCGCUGGGAAUCAAUGGCUAUCCCUUCACGCACGAAUGGACGUUCUAUGUCUUCGAGGCACUGCCCAUGUUGCCGGCGAUAUCCGUCUUCUGCAUUGUUCAUCCGGCCAAAUAUCUCGGAAGUCGAGGAGGCUUGGACAAGCCAAUCUCACAAGAAGAAGGUCUCAUCGAGCUCGAUGACGGUGAAAGGCGCCGGCGUUCACGUCGAAACCAUCGCAACAAGUGAAGUGCGAGAAUCUGCGCACCGGGAGGCGGAAACUCGGCUCUUGUCGGAGACGUGUAAUAUCAGCGAGGGAUCUAGUGGUUGAAUUAAGGUUGGUUGCGUCGUUGGAUUAAGGUUUUUAGCGCGAGCUUGUUGGAUCCGGCGAGGAAGGUGCAAAGAGUGGGUAGACGAGUAGGGAAAAUCGCCGGCAGCGGUCACAGCCCUCCUCAAAGCCGGCCCAUCAAUAUAUCUCUU